AAUAUUUAUGAGCUUUGCUCGACACGGACUCGCCGUGUUUACUUGGCUCUUUGUUCCUCCCCCCUCCCCGGCACACACGCACACUCGCACCGCCUCGCACGCGCACCCGACCUGCAAACUUGGCGCGGCUCGGGGCGCGCCGCCGGGUGGCCUGGGCCCCCGCCCCGCCCGCGAGCUGCCCCGAUGAGGCGGCAGCCACAGAACGGCGACCUCAAGAAGCAGCUCCACGACAGGCAGCCGCGGAUCGCCACGCUCAGCAACAAACAAGCUCUGGGCGCCAUUACUGCAGUGCCUGUCACGGGUCCUCAGGUCAGCUCCUUGCAGAGGCUGGCCGGGCAAGGAGCAGCCGUGCUACCUCAGGUUAGGCCAAAGACACUGAUUCCAGACAGCCUCCCCAUUACUCCUGGCCGGGACCGGCCAUCCAAGCAACCACAAGCCUUCCAGAAGGCCACCGUGGUCAGCAUCAAGAACCCCAGCCCUGCCCUCCCCACUGCCAACAACACCGUCAGCCAUGUGCCAACGCCCGGAAGCCAGCCCCAGGUCCUCACUGAGCCCACUGCCAUCACCUCGCCGCUGAGCAGUGCCGGGGUGGCCUAUGCCAUCAUCUCUACUUCCCCCAGCAAUGCUGCCACCAUCGCCCCCAGCACCACUGUGUCCGUGGUCCAUGACAGCAUCAAAGUCCAGCCCCUCCUCAUCAGUGCCGACAGCAAGUUCAUCAUCCUCCAGCCGCAGGUGCAGGCGCAGCCCGAGAGCCCAGUGGAGCCGCAGCCGCCCGUGGAGGAGUCGUCUCAGGGAGCUCAGGCCACCAAAAAGACGAAGGAAGAUGGGCCGCCAAGCCAGGAGGACCCUGAGAAAAUCGCCUUCAUGGUAGCCCUGGGCCUGGUUACUACAGAGCACCUAGAAGAGAUCCAGAGCAAGCGGCAGGAACGCAAGCGGAGGAGCACGGCCAACCCCACCUACAGCGGCCUCCUGGAGACCGAGAGAAAGCGGCUGGCCUCCAACUAUCUCAGCCCCCUGUUCCUCACAGCCAGAGCCAAUGAGGAACCCUGCUGGAAGAGCGACAUCACCCACGAAGAGCGCUGCGCCGCCUGCAAGCGUGGGUCUGACCUGCAGCCCUGCGGUGCUUGCCCCUGCGCCUACCACCUCAGCUGCCUGGACCCACCCCUCAGGACAGCGCCCAAGGGCGUGUGGCUGUGCCCCAAGUGCCAGCAGAAGGCCUUAAAGAAGGAUGAGGGUGUGCCCUGGACUGGCAUGCUGGCCAUUGUGCACUCCUAUGUCACGCACAAGACAGUGAAGGAAGAGGAGAAGCAGAAGCUGCUGCGGCGAGGCAGUGAGCUGCGGAGUGAGCGUCAGCAGCUGGGGGAGCGGGACCGGCAGCUGGCCUCGGCCGUGAAGAAAUGCCUGGAGCUCAAGACAAGCCUGCUGGCGCGUCAAAGGGGCACCCAGUCAUCCCUGGACCGCCUCCGAGCCCUCCUGCGACUGAUCCAGGGCGAGCAGCUGCUCCAGGCUGCUGUGGCAGCCACAAGCCCCGCCCCACUGCUGGCCGUGCCCUGGACCAAGCCUCCGGCUUCAGCCAUGCAGUCCUCCCUGCAGCACCCCCAAGGUCACAACUGAUGCCAGGGGACCAGGAGAGUGCUGAGACCUGUCCCCACUAUGGGGGGCGCUGUCGGCCUUAAUUCACAAAUACGAUCAAUUCCAGCCAGAAAUAAGCUUGGGCAGAGAGGCUAUAAAGCGAGGGGGCACAGGAGUACCGACCAUGCUUCCUGGAGCCAGGCCAAGACCUGUGCCCAUCACCCUCCCAGGGGUCCCCCAGGAGCGUGGAGCCCCCAGCUCUCUCUGCUGCCUCGUGACACCCCAUGGUGCUGACCGAGGGUGAUGCCAGCUGGGCGUCCUGCAGGGGUUGUAGCUGAAUCGUAUCGGUAGCGGGUGUGCUCAGGGUGAGAAGUGGUAGCAAGCCAAAUGCUUCUCGCAGGGCCCCUUCUUGGGCACGCCUGGCCUGGAUGGAGCCAGCAGCCCCUCUGGUCAGAAUUGGUGGAGUCGGAAGUCACCCCUUUGCCC